UUCAACAACCAUUCACUUCAGUUCUUAACUCCAGUCAGGUUUUACUCACUUCAAAAUGAGAGAAAUCGUCCAUAUGCAAACUGGUCAAUGUGGAAACCAGAUUGGAGCCAAGUUCUGGGAAGUGAUCUCUGAUGAACAUGGUAUUGACCCAACUGGAACUUACCACGGUGAUUCAGAUCUUCAGUUGGAGAGAAUCAACGUAUAUUAUAAUGAAGCUACUGGUGGUAAAUAUGUACCCAGGGCUGUUCUCGUCGACUUGGAACCUGGUACAAUGGAUUCCGUACGAUCAGGACCUUUUGGCCAGAUCUUCCGCCCUGACAACUUUGUGUUCGGACAAUCUGGUGCCGGUAAUAACUGGGCUAAAGGUCAUUAUACAGAAGGUGCCGAAUUGGUAGAUUCCGUCCUGGACGUGGUCCGAAAAGAAGCUGAAAGUUGCGAUUGUCUACAGGGGUUCCAGUUGACCCAUUCUCUGGGUGGUGGAACUGGCUCUGGUAUGGGAACUCUCCUCAUCAGUAAAAUUCGUGAAGAAUAUCCCGAUAGAAUCAUGAACUCCUUUUCUGUAUGUCCUUCACCAAAGGUAUCUGAUACAGUUGUGGAGCCUUACAACGCAACCCUCUCAGUUCAUCAACUGGUAGAAAAUACGGACGAGACUUACUGUAUUGAUAAUGAGGCUCUAUAUGAUAUCUGUUUCCGUACCCUCAAACUGACCACACCCACUUACGGGGAUCUCAACCACCUGGUAUCAGCCACCAUGUCUGGAGUGACCACCUGUCUCCGAUUUCCUGGUCAACUCAAUGCUGACUUGAGAAAGCUCGCCGUCAACAUGGUACCGUUCCCACGUCUACAUUUCUUUAUGCCAGGAUUUGCUCCUCUCACCUCUCGAGGUUCCCAACAGUACCGAGCUCUGACUGUACCAGAACUCACACAACAGUUGUUUGAUGCCAAAAACAUGAUGGCUGCCUGCGAUCCACGUCAUGGUCGUUAUCUGACAGUGGCUACAAUGUUCAGAGGUCGUAUGUCCAUGAAGGAGGUGGAUGAACAGAUGUUGAACGUUCAGAAUAAGAACAGCAGCUAUUUUGUUGAAUGGAUCCCUAACAAUGUUAAAACUGCUGUCUGUGACAUUCCACCAAGAGGUCUGAAAAUGUCUGGUACCUUUAUUGGUAAUACGACAGCCAUUCAGGAACUAUUCAAGAGAAUCUCAGAACAGUUUACCGCCAUGUUCAGACGAAAGGCUUUCCUCCAUUGGUAUACUGGGGAAGGUAUGGAUGAGAUGGAAUUUACUGAAGCUGAAUCGAACAUGAAUGAUCUGGUAUCUGAAUAUCAACAGUACCAGGAUGCUACAGCUGAAGAGGAUGGUGAAUUUGAUGAAGAAGAAGGGGACCAAGAAGAUGCUUAGAUAAUUGUGACAUUUAUAUUUCGUUUAAUUCAUUAGAUCUUUUAUUUUGAAAUUUGAUUCUAGUACUCUGUAAAGGUCUCCUUAAAGUGGAUGAAGUCAUUUAUUGUUUUCGGACCCCUGGUUUGAUUCUUUUUUCAAUAUUGCCUCUCAGAUUUGCCAUAUUAUAUAUACCAAUCUAGAACAAUCUAAUUAAAAUCACUUCGUUUCUUUAUCUGAUAUUUUUGUCUUCAUUUUAAUCGAACAAGUUUUUUACCAC